CAAGUAACCCCCCCUAAACCCACCCAUUUCUACUUCCAUAUUUUUGUUGUUUUCGAAAACAUUCAUUUCUAUGGCGAAAUCAAAACGAGAUGCAGAUCCAGAUCGUGAGGAAUCCAAUGGAGAUCCACCACCACCACCACCACCACCACCACCACCACUGAUCCCCGGCCUCCCAAACGACAUCGCUGAGCAGUGCCUCACCCACCUUCCUUUCCCUUCCAACGACGCGCGCUUCGUCUCCUCUUCCUGGUACCACGCCCUCCCCGCCGCUUCUCUCCGUCGUUCCCUCUCCUCUUCCGCCCUUCCCUACCUCUUCAUCUUCUCCUUCCACCGCCCUUCUCUCCGCCUCCGCUGGCUCGCUCUCCACCCCCAAUCCCCUUCCUCUUGGCUCCCUAUCCCUCCUAUGCCUCUCCCUUCCUCCUCUUCCCCUCCCAUCCCUUCCUCCUUCGCCAUCGCCUCCCUUCCUCGCUCCGGGCUCCUCUUUGUCCUCGGCGGAAUGCUCUCCGGCUCCCUCGCCCCUCUCUCCACCCUCCUCCUUUACCGCACCUCCACCAACUCCUGGCUACUCUCCUCCUCCAUGCCCACUCCCCGCGCCUUCUUCUCCGCCGCCGCAAUCUCAGGCCGCAUCAUCGUCGCCGGCGGCGACUCCCACGAUCCCGACACCUCCGUCGACCGCUACGAUCCCAACACCAACCACUGGUCCUCCGCCGCUCCCAUGCCCCAAACCCUACCCCUGUACGACUCCGCCGUCAUCGGCCACCGCUUCUUCGUCACCGGUGGCUGGACCUGGCCGUUCGAUGACCUCCCACGUGGCAGCUUCUACGACGCUGAUAUGGACACGUGGGUGGAGAUGCAGCGAGGGAUGCGCGAGGGAUGGACGGGUGUCAGCGCCGUGGUCAGUGGCAGGUUGUUUGUGGUUUCCGAGUGUGGAGAAGCGAGGGUGAAGGCGUAUGACGUUGAUGCGGACACGUGGCAGAAGGUGGAUGGUGGAUCGGUGCCGGUAGCAGUUGGGAGGCCGUACGCGGUGUGCGGUGGUGAAGGGAAGAUAUAUGUGGUUGGCAGUGGGUUGGAUGUGGCGGUAGGGAGUGUUGUUGUGGAUGAAGAUGAGGGUGAAAGGAUAAUGGGGAUGGAGUGGGAGGUUAUUAAAGCUCCCGAUGAGUAUACCCUUCUUGCUCCUAUUAGUUGCCAAUUGAUUUAUGCAUGAUUGAUUUUAUAUUUGAAAUCAAAAGGUCAGAUUGGGUUGGUUCUGUUCAAUAAGUUGGAGGUGAGAUUGGGGUUAUUUUUAUGAUGCUAGUUUAGUUUAGUUUAUUGAUGUGUAUAUUUUAUUUAUAUAGGUUGAAGUUUAAUAUAGAAGAUGUUUGAAUAGAAUACCUUUUUCAGGUUAAGAUAUUAUAUAUAUAUAUGUAAUGAAAUUUUGAUUUGUCUUUAGAGAGGAAAAGGUUGUUAGGGAAACUGACAUAAAAAAAUUCACUAUAUUAAAUUUAAGUUUUGAGGUAAGUAAACCUUAGAUAUGCAUCUAAGUAGAUGAAAUAUAAUAAAUUGGACAAUGACAAACCCCUCUCUGUUAGGUGAUGUUUCCAUGUAUCUUUCUUAAUUUACUUGUUUCUGAAGCUUGGAAAAGCUACUCAACUGCAAAUAAAUCUUGAAUAUCCUGUUUUUUUUUUA